UUCUCAGGUGGCUCCUCUCGAGCUCAGACGCAGCGCAUAGCUUUGCCACGUAAUUACGGACCUUUAAUAGAGUGUGUUUAAGUCGGGGUGCGCGUAAUGCACACACACACACUCUCAAAGGGAGAGAGAGAGAGCAGGCGUGACGCCCUGCCUCCUCGCGCCUGCCUGUCGCUGAUCAAGCCUCGCGCACACACGGAGCGUUGCGCAUCUGGCCGUCAGCAGCAGCAGCAGCAGCUCUUCCUGCGCAGAUGUGACUCCGCCAGAGAGGGUUUGCUAAAAAAACAACCCCUUCUUCCUUUUCAGAGGUUUGAAAAACUUUCCUCUGAGUUUGCCUCAACGCAAACGCGUCUCGCCCACCGCUGGAUGGAUUGGCUGUUAGGGGCCUGAGAGGAGCGAACUGUGGUGAAGUUUGUUGGAGCCUCCGCCCGCUCUGGAUGUGAACAGACCCGCCUUCUGCUCGGAACGGCCGAGUGUGUUCUCCGGAGGCGCCUGCCUGUGCGCGCUGCAUGCACGGAUCUACUCGCCUGGCUCGCGGUUCUCCUCCUUCUCCCUCCUCUCAGCGCUCCGUUCUUUCCGCUGCCCCUCACUUGCGUCAUGACUUCUAGCUAUGCACAUGUAAUGGACAGGCAAGCCACGCUACCGAACCGCCUGGAGAGCCCGAUCACGUCGAACCUGGACAACCUACAAGCCAAAAAGAACUUCUCGGUCAGCCACCUGUUGGAUCUGGAGGAGGCCGGGGAAAUGGUCGGGACCCAGGCCGACGAGAGCGUCGGGGAGACCGGGAGGAGUAUGCUGGAGUCCCCGGGGCUCACCAGCGGGAGCGACACCACCCAGCAGGAGAAUGAACAGAUGAAUACGGAAGAGAAGAAGAAGAGGAAGCAGCGCCGGAACAGGACCACCUUCAACAGCAGCCAGCUGCAGGCGCUGGAGAGAGUGUUCGAGAGGACGCACUACCCGGACGCCUUCGUCCGGGAGGACCUGGCCCGUCGGGUCAACCUCACCGAGGCCAGAGUCCAGGUUUGGUUUCAGAACAGGAGAGCCAAGUUUCGCCGGAACGAGAGGGCCAUGCUGGCCAGCAAAAACGCCUCUCUCCUCAAGUCCUACUCGGGAGAAGUGACGGCCGUGGAGCAGCCCAUCGUGCCCCGCCCUGCACCGCGCCCCAACGACUACCUCUGGUAUCCGAUGCCGGAGGGGGGGCCAGUGAGAGUGCCACAGAAAAUGCUGCCCUCAGAGAACAACGCCAUGGCCACCUACCCGCCCACCUGCUCCAACACCAACACGUCCCAGGGAAUGAACAUGGCCAACAGCAUCGCCAACCUGCGGCUCAAAGCCAAGGAGUACAGCCUGAACCAGGUGCCCACGGUCAACUGAGGGGAGGGGCGGCCGGGGGGCUCACGCCAAAGGGGGGGGGGACCCUGGCAGACGGGCGCCGUCCCCGGGACCAGCUCACACGUCUUGGAGUGUGACGUCCCGGUGCCGUGAUGGCGAAAUACCACCGAUAAGCAAAAUGUUGGACAGCGAGUGAUGGCGGGAUUUCCCCUUUUUCUGCUGAGUCAUGACUGGAUGCUGAAUAUCUGCGCAGUUUAACACGUCUGAGACUGAAGUCCCCAUCAGAGGACUUGUUUUUUUAAUUGUUUUUGAUGGAGACUUGCACACGGACCGCGUGGGAUCCACUUCUCUUUGCUCUGUGGUGCAGAUGGAGGCACCAAGUGGACCAGCUCCUCUUUUCUUUUCUUUUUUUU